AUGACCGGUUCAGGGCUAUGGCUUGCGCCAAUGAAGAAUCUACAUAUGACCACUCUCGAAAUAAUGUCUGCGCGGAGAGAAGCCGAGGUGGAUGAAGUCGCGACCUUUCUCCAAACGAAAGCUCCUCUACGAGGGAUUGUCGACUACACACUCGCCCACCGAGCCCGGCUCAUCCGUCCGAUCGUUAGUUUCGACGCUUCCGCCAUUGCGCUGGGUUUUCUUCCGGCGGAAGAGGGAUACUCGUAUCACCACCUGCGCCGCGAUCUCUACGAUGUUGUGUCCCACGCUGGUUGUCAGAUCGGGGCUCGGUAUACGGUCCCUUCGGCACACGUGACUAUCGCGCGCUUUGUUGUGCCGGUUGGAGAGGGCAGGAGGGCGGAGAUUGCGGAGUUGCUUUCGCAACGAGUCGCUCGGGUUAUAGACAAGAUCGAGGACAUUAAUUGCGUGUUGAGAUCAGAUGAUUGGGAGCGGUUUGGGAGUCCGGCGAGGGGUGAGUGGGUGGUGGGUCAGGAGAAGGGGCUGGAGUUGAUCAAGGGUCGGUCAUGGUAUGGCGAGGGCGAUCGAGUUGUCAUCGGCGAGGGAUUCUAG